UUAGGGCCAGUGUCUAGGUCUCGCCGAGCGGUAAGAGUUAUCGACCGAUUCAAGCAUGGCUUCUUCACGCAUUUCGAUCCUAUCAGCUCGGUUACCGUCCACAAAUCUCAAUGGCUCUCAUCAAAGUUUGGGAGCGGCAACGAUGGACCUUCUUCCAGCGCUUCAUAAUCACUGUAAGAACAGGAGCGCUACUCUUUUAAGAUGUUCCAGAGCUGCUGCUGCUACCAACGGAAACUCGGCAGUUUUGAUGCAAAAGAAGAAGGAAGAAAAAGACGACGAGAAGAUCGAUCACUCGCCCCGGCAUCUCUUUCAGUAUCCAGAUGGGCCAUCGCAAGCAACGUUUUUUCGAUUUGACGAUGUGGAAGAAGUUUCUUCGGCGCUGGCCGAGUAUAUCGUCCAAGUUUCGAAUGAGGCUAUCAAGCAGCGAGGUAAGUUCACUUUCGUGCUCUCGGGUGGUUCCAUAGUGAAGGCUUUGCGAUUUCUCGCGGAAGGCCCCGUUUUUCACAGCAUUGCUUGGGACAAAUGGCAUGUUUUCUGGGUGGACGAACGAGUGGUCCCUUUGAACCACGAAGAUAGUAAUUACAAGCUCGCCAAGGACGAGUUUUUGUCCAAGGUGCCAAUUCCUCACGAACAAAUUCAUGCAAUCCAGAAUUUCCACGAUGAAAAGGCUGCGGCCCAUGCAUACGAGUCAAAGCUAAGGGAGCUUGUGAGGAAGAAAGUGAUCACAACGAAAACCGCCAAGAAGUUCCCACGCUUCGACUUUGUACUCUUGGGACUUGGUCCAGAUGGCCAUGUCGCCUCGCUAUUUCCAAAUCGUCCAUCGCUAGCUGAAGAAAAGCUAUGGGUGCUUCCAAUAUCCAACUCUCCAAAGCCUCCAUCGAAACGAAUCACAAUGACACUUCCAUGCAUCAACGCUGCCGAGCAUGUUGCGUUUGUGGCCUUGGGCUCUGGAAAAGCUCAUGUUCUUCACAGAGUUCUCGAAAGACCAGCACUCCCAGGCUCGUUACCAGCUCAAAUGGUUAGAGUAGACGAUGGAAACUUGGUGUGGUUUGCCGACCAAGGCGCCACUUCGGAGCUCCACCUGGAGAAUUGGAACAACGCAAAGCAGUUCCCCUUCUUCGAUUUCAAGCAACCCGCGAGCGUUUCAAGCUAAGUCGAAAACUUUCCUUUCUUCAUCCAACGCAAUAAAACUGUUCGUGCUAGAGAAGCUCUCCCGAGUUAAAAGAGUGAAGGAAUUCACAUCGGCUUCCAACUUCAUCCUAAAGUGGCUAGAAGAUGAAAGAAAAUACAAGUUGUGUGUAUAUUCAUUCGUA